UUGAAGAGGGCUGGUAUAUUUGUGCCUGCUGGAGGUGGAAUUAACUGUAAGAAGGAGGAAAAGAUUGAAUGGAUUUACAGAAAGGAUUUCAAGUAAACUCAGGGAAACACAUUUACUUGAACAGUAUAACCCUGGGUCUUGUUUUACACUAAGACCAUACAAGAGAUGUUCGAGUUAUCACUAGGCUGCCGGACAAAUAUAAUUCCAACAGCAAGGUGCAGAUCAGCGUAGAUCUGUGGUUCUGACCUCGGGAUUUGUCUUGGAAGGAGUUCAAGCACUGAGAAGAAGUCAGAGCCAGUGAAGAGAACUUGGGAGCCACAGUCUAUCAGAAGACCAGCUUUUCGUCAGUUCAAAUACCAAAGGCCUGAUUAUCAUAAAUUCACAUAGGAAUGCAUAGGUUAUUUGAUCAAGGAAUUUUAGCCAGCUUUUGCUACAUCAAUACUGCAAAAGUUCUUAACAACUGUGGAUAAUUAGAAAUCUGAAUUUCAGCUUUCUUAGAAAAAACUACUCUUGACGUAUUUUAAAAUAUUUACAACAGGAGAAGAAAAUGGAGUGAGGAUGUUGUGUUCAGAAAUAUCACUGUCAUGAAGAAUAGGUAAAUUUGUUUUUACAACUUUUCAGCUACUGGCACAGUGGACCUCUAAGGAACCUGGAUUAUUAUUAUAAUUUUUAAGUGGACAAGAAGGAUUAAACAUAUCGACUUUUGCUUUUGUACAAAAAUGCAUUGGGCUGUGUUUUUCCUUAGGGGUGUUGUGGGCUUCCUCUGGAGCGGCUGGGUUCAAGUGGGCUAUGCAAAAGGAGGUUUGGGAGACAAUCACGUCCACUCCAGUUUUAUUUAUAGAAGGCUGCGGAAUCAUGAAAGACGGGAAAUACAGAGGGAAAUUCUCUCCAUUUUGGGUUUGCCUCACAGACCCAGGCCAUUUUCACCUGGAAAACAAGCAUCUUCUGCACCCCUCUUUAUGCUGGAUCUGUACAAUGCUAUGGCCAGCGAGGAAAAUCCCGAAGAGUCGGAAUAUUUGGUGAGGGUAUCCCUGGCAGGAGAGGCCAAAGAGGCAAGAAAGGGAUACCCAGCCUCUCCCAAUGGGUAUGCUCACCGUAUGCAGUUGUCUCCAAGGAUUCCUCUGACUACCCAGAGCCCUCCUCUUGCCAGCCUACACGAUACCAACUUUCUGAAUGAUGCUGACAUGGUCAUGAGCUUUGUCAACUUAGUUGAAAGAGACAAGGACUUUUCUCAUCAGAGGAGGCAUUACAAAGAGUUUCGGUUUGACCUGACUCAGAUUCCACACGGAGAAGCAGUGACAGCAGCUGAAUUUCGGAUAUAUAAGGACAAGAGCCACCAUCGAUUUGAAAACGAGACAAUUAAGAUUAGUAUAUAUCAGAUCAUCAAGGAAUACACAAAUAGGGAUGCGGAUCUUUUUCUGUUAGACACAAGGAAGGCACAAGCUUUGGAUGUGGGUUGGCUUGUCUUUGACAUCACUGUGACCAGUAACCAUUGGGUGAUUAACCCACAGAACAAUUUGGGCUUGCAGCUCUGUGCAGAGACGGGGGAUGGACGCAGUAUUAACGUAAAAUCUGCUGGUCUCGUGGGAAGACAUGGACCUCAGUCAAAACAGCCGUUCAUGGUGGCCUUCUUCAAGGCAAGUGAGGUACUUCUUCGAUCUGUGAGAGCAGCCAGCAAACGGAAAAAUCAAAACCGCAAUAAAUCCAGCUCUCAUCAGGACUCCUCCAGGAUGUCCAGUGCUGGAGAUUAUAAUACCAGUGAACAAAAACAAGCCUGCAAGAAGCACGAACUCUAUGUGAGUUUCCGCGAUCUGGGGUGGCAGGAUUGGAUCAUAGCACCGGAAGGAUAUGCCGCAUUUUAUUGUGAUGGAGAAUGUUCUUUUCCACUUAAUGCCCAUAUGAAUGCCACCAACCAUGCUAUAGUCCAGACUCUGGUACACCUGAUGUUUCCUGACCAUGUUCCCAAGCCUUGUUGUGCUCCAACCAAACUGAAUGCCAUCUCCGUUCUCUAUUUUGAUGACAGCUCCAAUGUCAUUUUGAAGAAAUACAGAAAUAUGGUAGUACGCUCCUGUGGCUGUCACUAGCGCUAAGGAAUUGUGGUAAUAACAAAACUGAUCUGCACCAUGUUUAUGAUGACAA